AUGGCGGACGCUGGUUGGCUGAGAAUUGCUGUCUCUCAGCCAACCAGCGGCCUGUUACCAUGGCUGUUUCUGAGCUUCCCUCAGACCAAGACUUAUUUCAGCCACUUUGAUCUGAGCCACGGAUCUGCUGAUCUCCAGUCCCAUGGGGGUAAGGUCCUCUCUGCCCUUGGAGAUGCCACUAGCCAUCUGGACAACUUAGAUGGAGCCCUGUCCAAGCUGAGCGACCUGCAUGCAUACAACCUGAGAGUGGAUCCAGGAAACUUCAAGCUGCUCUCUCACUCCAUCCUGGUUGUUCUGGCUGCUCAUUUCCCGGCUGACUUUGAUGCAACCGCCCAUGCUGCCUGGGACAAGUUCAUCGCUGCUGUUUCUGCUGUUCUUACCUCAAAAUACAGAUAA